AUGGAGUUCAAUAGCUUAGAUGACUUUAGAGAGGCCAUCCGUGAGUGGACAGUAUUAAAUGGGAGGGAAAUUACCUUUGUAAAAAAUGAGGGCUAUAGAGUGAGGGUUGAAUGCAAGGCCAAAUGUGGUUUUUUAAUGCUUUGCUCUAAGGUGGGCCAUAAGCACACUUAUGCCAUAAAGACUAUAAAAGAUACCCACACAUGUGCUAGGGUUUUGGAUAACAAAAGUGCAAGUUCUAAGUGGGUGGCUAAGGCUGUGGUCAAAAAGAUGAGAACAUCUGACAAGGUAAGGAUAUGUGACAUAAUCCAAGACAUGAGGCAAAAUUAUUCUGUUGGGAUAACUGUGUGUAGGGCAUGGAAAGCAAAGUUGAUUGCCAAAAUUAUCAUUAAAGGAGAUGCAGACAAGGAGUAUGCCAAUUUGUGGAGACCCUUCAUUGGGGUAGAUGGUUGUCAUUUGAAAACAAAGUAUGGAGGUCAACUAUUGAUUGUCGUUGGAAGAGACCCAAAUGACCAAUACUUCCCUUUGGCCUUUGGAGUGGUGGAAACAGAAACCAAGGAAUCAUGGAGGUGGUUUAUACAACUGUUAAUGGAAGAUAUUGGCCAAGACAAAAGAAUUGGACUGGUUGCAUUUUUUGAAGAAUUGUUUGAAAGAAUUGAACAUAGGAUAUGCUUGAGGCACUUAUAUGCGAAUUUUAAGAAGAAGUUUGGUGGAGGAGCAUUGAUAAGAGACUUGAUGAUGGGAGCAGCCAAGGCAACCUACCAACAAGCAUGGACAUUGAAGAUGAAUGAGUUGAAGGCUAUAGAUCCAAAGGCUUGGACAUGGUUUAUGGCAGUUCCUACAAAGUCUUGGUGUAAGCACGCAUUUUCAUUCUAUCCUAAGUGUGAUGUACUUAUGAAUAACAUAGCUGAGUCUUUCAAUGCCACUAUUUUGAGUGCUAGAGAUAAACCUAUAUUGACCAUGUGCGAAUGGAUUAGAAAAUAUCUGAUGAAUAGGUGUAGUACUUCUACUUUGAAACUAGACAAGUGGCCACACAAAGUGAUGCCUAUUCCUAGGAAAAGAUUAGACAAUGAGGUAGCUAUGAGUGGACAUUGGUUGCCAACCUGGGCUAUGGAAGAGAAAUUUCAGGUCACUCAUGCUUAUAACAGACAAGAGUUCAUUGUUGACAUUGCUAAAAAGAAUUGCACAUGUAAUUUUUGGGAACUAGUAGGUAUUCCAUGUAGACAUGUUGUUGCUGCAUUAGGGUUUAGACAGCAGAACCCAGAGGAUUUUGUUCAUGAGUAUUACACUAGAGACAGGCCUAGGAAGCUAAGAAUUAGGGAAAGUGGAGAAGAGGGAGCUAGAAGAAGGUUACCUGGUGUAUCUUAUAGAUGCACUAAGUGUUACAAGGUAGGACACAAUGUGAAGACAUGCAAGAGCAAGAGACAAAAUCAAAGUGCAAUGAAAAGAAAGAAGAGAAUGAGACCAAAUGCAAGUGAAGAAGGUACUAACAAUGCUGGAAGCCAGUCUGCUACAAACAAUGAGGAAAAUGAAGAAACCAAGACUGAUACAUUUGUUUGGAGAUAUAACUGA